GAAAAGAAAUCCUUCUUCCAGGACGAGCUGGGGCCACGAACCUUAUCCGGGACCGGAUGCUCUGUUCUCGCCAUCAGAUCAUCUCACCCGGCUGCUACCAGCUCCGGUGGAGCUUUCCGGCCAUCGGGGAGCUCUCGCCGGUGGAAGCCAGGUGCUUGGGUCAUACUGAGCGGCGACGGCGAGCUCUCUUGAGAGUGGAGAGAGAGCUCAAGAAAGGUGACCACAGAAGCGCCUUGUCAAUGGUAAAGCAGCUGCAGGGAAAGCCCGGCGGCCUUCGCGGGUUCGGCGCCGCCGAACAGGUACCAAAGAGGCUGCUGACACUGGAUGAUCUUAAGCUCGACGGCAGAGACUUAUCCUACCUUGAACCUCUCGUCGAUUCGGUGAUGUAUUCAAUUCGAAGAUGCAUUUGGUUUGCUUCAAUGGAAGAGGAGGCAUCGGCUAAUGCCACUAAGAAUAUUGUGCUCGAAGAGGAUCUUCCAGAAGAAGAUUACUCCGUGUUUGCACUACACGAAGCAGGUCACUUUCUAGCAGGGUACUUGCUUGGGGUUCUUCCGAAGGAGUACAAGCUACUAAAGAAAAGAGCUUUAGGUCGAGAUCAGUUCGCAGGAGGGAAAGUCAAUUUCAUAGGUUUUGAUUUCCUCAGAGAAGUUCCAAAUGCUAGAGUAUUGAAGAUUCACAAUACCGAUAAAGGAUAUGUUCCAUCAAAGAAGUUCAACAACUUUUCAUGUGUCAUACUGGGAGGCAUAGUUGCAGAGCACCUUUCGUUCGGAUAUUCAGAAGGAUUACACUCGGAUGUCGAUAAGCUGGACAGAGUGAUCAGAUGGUUGGGUCUGACAGAGGAUGAAGCAGAACUUCACAUAAGAUGGGCUGCAACAAACACAGCAUUCAUCUUGCACCGACACCGGGAAGCCGGACUAAAACUAGCAGAGGCAAUGGCAUCGGGAAAGCCUAUCAGCGCUUGCAUUGAUACCAUAGAGGAUGCCAUAUCCAGAAACAAGAUUUAGGUGACAAAAGAAGAUUGAAACAAUCGGAAGCCAUGGAAGCCCUUUUCAUUCAAAUGAAAACAUGAACAGGAAUAAUUCUUGAUAUUCUUUCAACAGAUCCAUCAACAAAGCAGAGAAUCUAACCCUAA